GCGCAAAUCAUCUUCAUCACAAUGACAAAAAAUGCCGACGAGUGUAGAAGUUAUGCAUGAUUUCAUGUUUCCAGAUCUUCAUUAACGGGCAGAUAUGAAGCGCUCACUUGCUUUGCAUAAUGGAGGAAAUGCUCGUCCAGGUUCCGGACAACUUGGUUCUGACCCCUACCGGGCGACGACGCUCGAGUCUGCACCUGUGAUUUCCCCAGAAGAAAAAGCGAAAUUGGAGCAAGAAAUUUACUACGCACUGAAAAUUAUAUGUUGGGGUCUGAAACGUCGCAACUCGUAGUCGUACUGGUAAAUCCAAUCGGGAUCGUGCAGUGAAAAUGCUGCGCGAAAGCUAAAAGUUUCCAACUUCUAGUACCUGCUACACGACAAAGCGGGAUUUUCUCAUGCGGAGUAGGCAUUAAGAAGCGAAAUAAGCAGUGAUGCUUUUGUGCGCAUUUUUCCAGACCGGCAUGAUCUUCGUUGUCCAAGCUCAAGCAUGCCAGAAUGGGACACUCUUCCAGAUCCUGACAUAUUUGCUGUUAAUAGCUGCCACGAAGGGAAUCACCGAAGCCCGUCUUCGCAGAUCAAUUCUCCAAAUUUCAUUUUUUACAGAGGAGCACUUCCGCAUGCAUAUGAGUAAAGAGAAACAUGCAGAUUUCGGGAUUUGCACUUCUCGCGGUGGCUGGUGGCCUCACCAAAUGGACUUCUUGUUUCGUAGGAAAGAUUUAAGGUAAUACAAAAGCUUGUGCACUACCUUGUCAAAUGCAAAAGAGUACAGUGCUCUCAGGGCCAGGCAACACCCGCGAGUUGCUGCAUGGCGUGUUGCAUUUGUUAUUGCUACAAACAUAUUGGAAGGAGAUCGCGUGCGCGAUCGGCUGUUUAUGGUGUGGUUGGUGUUUUUCCCGUGGAUCGGUUUGCCACUCGCGAAGCCACGAUUGACAGGCUCCAGAAGGAACUUGAUAAAGUGAAAGCGAAGAUGCCCGAUCUGCCACCACUGUUGAAGAGAAGUGGCAGAUUCUACGUUGAUGAGCUGACCCACCAGGGCAAGUUCAACAGUCUCCCGCGAGAAGAUAUGCCCUGCUCAGGAGUUGCAAUGUCAAUGUCUCCCGUUCCAAUAUUUUGUUUUCGCUCAUUUAUUAUGUCGAAUUUGCAAGUGAGGUGCUUGAUCUAUCUUUGUUGUCCUUACAGCACUGAAUCACUCCAGCUGUGUUCUUAUCCUCCCAGCAUCAGAUGCACAUACCAAGUCGAGUUCUUAGACCUACGAAGCAGAGCUGCUGUCACGCAAAUAGAAGACGGAGAACUCACUGAACUUGUCUUAUCUGGAUUCCUCAUGAAGAAGAAUUUCAAUUGCUGGCUAACAGUUGAGGUUGCAACACCUGAGCGGACUUCUAUACCGGACAAAACAUUUUUCAUCGGGGAGGUGAAUUGGCAGAAAGAAGAGCACUCUCGUCCGCUGGAGGAGAAGAAAAAGGCCAAGGAACGGGAGUUCAAGAAGCACCAGAGGGAGGAGGAGUUUGAAAUUCAAAAUUUGAAAAAACAACCUAUCAAACUGAAAGGGGUUAUUUUCACGCACUUCUGAUAGAACUACAGCAAGAGCAAGACCCAAGAACAGCGUGUUUUCUCGGCGUGGUUGUGUUAGCGAAAUAGGGAAAGUGCUGUGCUGUUUGCGCCAGUCAAGGUCGAGAAAUCAUUUGCUUUUGGUAGCGAAAGUACAAGUGCCAAGGUUUUGCUUUCGUGUUAUUUCAGUAGCACAAUUACGAUAUAAUUUGGUGUUGGUCUGUAACUCUAAACACGCGCAAGCGAAAUGUUCGCCCUUUGUUUCACCUGCAAUGUUACCAAGUCAAUAUGUCCAUGGGACCGCGUCCCGCCUUGCGAAGAGUUUCCAACUUCAUCUCUCAGAGGGCCGAGAUGACCCUUUGCCUUUUCAGUUUCAUAAGAUUCGAAGGGAAAGGACCUGUGGAUGAGAGUGUGAGAGAACUCCACGACUUAUCGGUAGCGCAGGACGACGCUCGCGACGAAAAUUAAGCUGGCAAGAAGCCGGUGUGUGUUUGUGGUUGGUAUACGGCAACACCAAGAAACGGAGCAAACCUUGCAUAUCCAUGGAAGCCUCUGCAUGGGAAUAAGUAAGCAUUCUGGCGUACCACGCUACGAAUGUUUUGCUUGGGGUUUCAUAUCGGAUUCUUGUUUCUAUAUUAUUUGCGCUUUUUAACCAGCAUGAGAAUGACCAACUUUUUUCAUGCAAUAACAUUUCAGUGUCUCACCAGUUUGGACAGACUCUCACCUCUGUUGGCGCAGAUCAAGUCUCCGUGCACCCGCGCGCAGAGGAGAUCUGUAAAAUGUAUAAAUGAGUGCAUCUAUCUUCGCUUCAUGAAUUCGUCCUGGCAUGAUUUUGAUAGGUAAACGCCGUAUCUAAGUUCUGUGUGCCAUUGCUCGCAAAACCACAAACCUUGCAUGUCUAUAUUCUGAGUGAAGUGGACGCCCGGUGGAUGCCUCCUAUUAACGAGUUUGCCAAAGAGGCGGAUUUCGCAAAGUGGUGUUGCGAGGAAGCAGGCCUUUUGAAGUUGAGUGGUGAGCCUUGUGAGUCGAAGGUUAUCGUGAUGUCAGCUGGGGUGAAAUCGACAGAAGCAGAAUGGAAGCAACCUUUUGAUGCAUGAAAUGCCUCACAUAGAGACAAGAUGGCGGUACUUUGGCAUGGCAAGCAAUUUAAGGUGAGGAUGCUGAUCCAUCGCAUUCCUGAACCUGUAAAACAAAUUAUUCUAUUUUGACGAUUUCCCGGACGACACUGCCAUACAUAGGGGGCGAGCCGGAGACGGUCUUAACAAGAAUUGGCUGGCCGCAAGUGACGACGAGAAGGAGCAGAUGCGACGCGACUACAACGAGAAAUUCUUGCCCAAGCAGGAAGCUGAGCGUACCAAACAAGUAUCUCAUGAAAACAAGGCAGAUCUCUCCUGGUAGAAAGUAAAUGGCGCUGCCUCGCUCAGUUAUGCGGACUGGCCAUGACAUUUUUAGUUGUGCCAGCAGUUGGCGGGCUCGGGCACUAGGUAGACAGCGACAGCACGUUGAGCAUCUAACUGCAAUAAGUACGACGCCACAUUCAAUGCCACUUGUGGAGUCGCAAAUGCUGACGUCUCAUGCAAACUUGGCUAUGGUCAUGUUAAUCUUAAUGACGCACAGUGGCGUCGGCGUCGCAGAGAAAAAGAAUUUGUAUUGCGUGAUCGAUGAUUGCGAUUGCCUCUCGGAUGGCAUUUGCGUGGCACAAUGCCGGUUCUUGUUCGGACGUCCAUGGAUUCUACUGAUGUCUUAGUCUUGCAGAGAUAAAGAAGCAACCGCAACAGGCUUGUUUGUGAUUCUCAAAGUACUCGACCUACUACGCCAGCGCGCCAGAAACUAGGAGUAGACUACUGUCUUCAUCUUGAUACAGUAAAGCGAAGGCUGCACAGAAGGUAGCCGACGCGGACCGGAAUCUUCUCCGCGCAACGGGCAAUUGAAGAAAACAAAUUGGUGGAUUCUAGUCGAUCCACGUGGAAGGUACUUAUUUUUAUUUCUGUUUUAGCGCAUGCGCAUCAGAAGUAGUGCCGUGGCUUUCUGUGUGUUUCUUUUCACGUUUAAGGUGAAGUUUUGAGUCAAGUGUGCAAAAUUCCAAUCCUGCGCGAUCUUGUUGAUUCCUCCUCAGGUGAGGCGGUUCCUGUACGUGUACUACUUCUAUCGUUGUAAGACGAGUCUUAUGACGAUAGAAGUACAGGGGCGGACAGUCGCACUCUUUACACGACUGCGACUGUCUACCUGGCCAGAUCCGAAACACUGAAAUCCACACAGCAUCAAGGGAGCGCCUCCACCUGCACCACGCCUUUGCGAUUUUUUUUCCUGAAGCGAUACUGUAGCGGUACAUUAAGAUCGAGAUCGUCCUUCAUCCUGGAGAGAAUUGGCACUAUUGCGGGCGGAGUGGGACAGUCUGUGGCUUUCAGUGAAACAUGACUGGUUCUGAAUUCGAGUUUUUUUCUACUAAUUUCAUUGUUCCUGUGUUUCUUGUAUCAUUUUUUUUACAUUAUCACUUUCUCUACCGUCGAAAUCGUAUUCUGGAUCAUCUUCGAAUUAAAAAUUGAACUUCUACUGUAACUAUGUGACUACAAAUUUUUGUUUAACUAAUCGAAAACGUAAGUACUUUCUUGGCUUGUUUGAUGUAGAUGCACUAUAUUCCACUUCACCUUCAGGUGUAGCAAAUUAUUUACGAACUGAGGCAUUGCUUUGCUUUUUCUUCCCAUUGGACAAUUAAAUUUUUUUGAGGGUACUUCUACAAAACUGUUACACUUUCGUGUUGAUUAGCUUGCAGGAAGGGGUAUUGGGGGUUGAUUUGGUUUUCAGAAAAGUGGCAUAGCAAUUGUUUGAUGGUCCUAUUGUCGAUCUUUAUCUUGUUGAAAAAUGGUGUCGCCUAGAACUUGAAGCGAACUCGUUGAACGCAGGUUGUUCCCAAAAAAGAUAAAAACUUAUUUUUCCUACAAGUGUUUGUGAUUGAUUUCCAUUUCGCGAUGGUUACUUGUAAGUAAAGGAUAGAAAAUGUUAACCCAAGAAACCCUCGGUCAUCCUUCCGACAGUUGCUCGGUGGUCUGACCCUCAGUGUCAUGCAACAGAACUUCCGUCGCAAUUUCGGUCCUCUUUGGACCGUACAUGGUGGAGGAAGAACUGCGUCGUCGGUUUUCAAGACCUGCCAGGUUCCAGGUGCAAGACGCUUUCCAGAGUGAGUGGAGCCUUUGGUGCUAGGACGGCACGACUCUCCUUCGGUCUUUGCUUCUGUCUUUUUCCGUAGUCG